GUGGUAGCGAAACCCUAACUAAUCUGAUUUUCUUUUUUAGCAAAACCCUGACUACGAUUACCGUCUCCGUCAACGUCGAUUGGCCGAGAAGGUAUUGCGAUUCCCGCUGUUUCUUCUCUGCUCAGUUUGUUUAUAAGGCCAAAGGGAAAGAAGAUGAAGACAAUUUGUGGACAUUGUGUUUCAUUGAAAGAAAUAUCACUUUCAAAAGCAGCAAAAAUUCUCUCCAAGUUUGUCUCUGCUGAGAACGGUGCUUCACAUGUCAUCAGUGCAUAUCUCCACCGGGCCUCUGCAUCUUUCAAUGAGCUGGACCAUCUCCACAAGGAGCUUAAGUCGUCGCGCUCUCAUAAGAAGAAGAACAAAGGGCAACGGUUUGGCAGUGAGUAUGCUGAUGACGAUGAUGAAAAAUCAGCUCAGACUGUUGUUAAUUUAAGUCAAGAACUUGAUGGUUCUAUUGGGUAUCAAGCAGGAAAUGUGGGUGGGAGUGAGAAGCACAAGAAGAAUAAAAAGAAGAAACAGGAAGUUGAGUCCAGGCACGAUAGAGAUAGCGGAAUUAAAUUUGGAGAGAGGGAAGGUGAUGAAAAACCAUCUACUGUGGAAAAAAAUGAUUUUUUUUCAGGCCAAGAACAGGGCAAUGAAGGUGAGAAACAAAAAAAGGAGAAGAAGAAAAAGCACAAGGAUGGUAAUUGUAAUUUUUCCGGUAAUAAGGGUGAGGUUGAGAAUCUCGAAGGUGAGAAUACAGAGGGACAAGAACAACAGAAAGAGAUAGAAAAGAAGCUAUUCAACAGUGUGGAGGGGGGAAAUGGAGGGCUAGUUGGUCCUCAGGACUUACAAAUUAAGAAGAAAAGGAAACACGAGGCAGGGAAUGAGAGUAAGUUGUAUGCUGAAGAGGUAAAGAUGGAGCAAAGGAGGAAGAGGAAGAAUGACGAUGUGGAAGGGAUACAAGAAGAUAGAUCUGGGGAUCUGAGUAAGAAGAGAAUGAAAAGGAAGCACCAGAGCGAUCCUCAGUUUUAGGUUUUUUAUAAAUUCACUUGAUAGUUGUUUAAUCUUUUUUGAAAUUGAUGAGGAAUUUGCACCUGUGGGAUUGCUUACAUUGUGGCAUCAGUUUUUGAACUAUCAUAUAAUAUGAGAGGAAUUUGCUUCUUGAUUUCUUUCCUACAUAUUUUUUUUUUUACCAUACUUUCAUAUGGUCUUACAAGUGUUACUGCAUAGAAAAGGCAUUAUUUCUAUUGCAAUCAUCAGCUGUUGGUGUACUAAAUCCAUCGUGUAGACAAUGUACUGCAAUCACCAGAGAUAAUUGGCUCUUGGAGUUAACAUAUUUUUAAGGAAAUUUGUUUUCCAGUGGCUUAGCAUUAAUCUCCUUGUUCAGAGGUUAAGUUACAUAAUCCUGCUGUGUCUAGUAAAAUUCAAUUUUGCCUACAGAUUUUUCAUACGAGAUCAUAAGCAUAAAAAUGUAUGCUAACAGGUUGCUUCCCUCCAGAGAUUGGUUAUUACCAAAAGUUUGAAGCUUGUUCAACAAUAUACUAACUUAAAAAUCAUAACAGCAGAAGAAAGUACCAGCAGAUAAUGGAAUUGUGAAUGUUUUAUUAUGGUUCGUGGUAGCUUAUUUGGUAGUAAGGGAGCUGAGCAGUGGAAAGGAAAGGGCCUUGGUUUGAUUUUCACAUGCCACUUUUGGGAGGGGUUUAAAUAUCUUCAUCUCUGACUCGCUUUGCACUCUGGAUUAGUCUCAUAGCCAGUUCAAAGAGUCGAAGCUUGUGGGGAUACGGGGGGAGGGAAUGGUUCCAGCUUACCUGAUCAGUUGUUUCUUCAGUUAAAUGUAAUUUGUUUUUUUUAAUGUAGUGGACUACAUUGGAAUUCAAUUGGAUAAACAGU